AUGAGUGUAUCCUUCGAGCUUCAAGAUGAGCUGCAGGCACUUCAAGACAUUGCAAACUACGAUAUCCCAAACGAACAGGAUCCUAACAGUAACGAUCCCGGCCCCUUAUUGCAACAGGCUGUCGGAGCAAUUGCUCAUUCGUCCGACGAAAUAACUGAUCCAGAGAUAUUUGAUAUAUUCCGAAGUCUUCUCAAGCAUUCCGAUGCAGUCGCUGGUGCUUAUAUGAGCAAGAUGCUCGAUGCUCUACUCUCUGCAUUUGGAGCUCAAAUUGAUGCUGCAAUACGCGACUCCAAGGAAGAAGACCAACAGAUCGUUAUGGCUCACAAGCUGCCUUUAGAAAUGUAUGCCUUCUUGGUUAAUUGGUUUGUGGGUGCUGUAGAGAAGGUGAAGGCAACGGGCGAGGAGGACGUUCCGCCAGCACCUGUGAAGGCGCGUCGUGGGAGGGGUGGUAAGACUGGUACCUCGAGGGUGGCAGUGAAGAAAGCGGAACAAUGGACAUGGAUCGACCAGAUCCCUGGCACUCUGGAACUCAUUUGCAAGGCGUUGAAGCUGAAGACGCAUCGCAUCUGGGUGACUAGCCCGGAGAGAGAUGCGUUCAUAACGUGCCUUACCCGCCCCGCGUACCAUGUUGCCGAGUCCGAGCAAUACAUGAAGAUUCAAAAUAUCCGCAUGCAUGUUUACAAAGUUAUUUGUCUUGCUGUAAAGCACCACGGUCACACACUCGCUGCGCAAAUCAACAUCAUGCAAUCCUUGCAGUACUACGAGCACCUCUCCGAACCCAUGGCAGAAUGCCUUUCUAUCCUGGCAAAGGAGUUUGAUCACGCCCAACUUGGCGACGAGAUACUUCGCGAAAUUGCUGGAAAAUCGUUCAGUGCACAGGACACCAAGGGUCCAAGAGCAUUCUCUCGAUUCUUGGUUAGGUUCAGUGAGGAGUCGCCACGAUCUGUACUCAAGCAAGUCAGUCUCUUGAUUGGUCAUCUCGACUCAGAGUCUUAUCCUAUGCGCAUGGCAAUCGUUGAAGUUAUCGGUUCACUCAUUCGCGAACUCGCUAUAUCGGAGGACAUCACGAAUCGGACGAAUGCCUCUAACCAGGCGGGUAAGGAGCUUGAUGGGCUGUUCGAACUCCUCCUUUCACGAACGCUUGAUCUAUCCUCUUACGUACGCUCUAAGGUCUUCGCAACACUCUCGAAGAUGCUCGAUUUGCCCUUGCGUCUCCCAGAGCAACGACUCCGGAUUACACGCGCUGCCGUUGAUACGCUGGAGGAUAAGGCGAGCACAGUACGCAAGGCUGCUGUUUCGAUACUCGUGAAACUGAUUCUGACCCAUCCAUACGGGGAGAUGUAUGGAGGUGACUUAAACUUGGAAAAGUGGGAGGAACGGUAUAAGACUUGGAAGGACAAGUUAGAGGAGAUGGAAGGCGGCAUUGGGAAAGCAGUUGAGAGGGAUCAAGACGACAAAGAAGAGGUAGAGUCGAAUGUCGAAGAGGAAGGUGUUGAUGAGGACGAAGAUGCGGAAAUGGAGGACGCAGAUGCAAAUGAUGACGGCGAUGCACCGUCAGACAACCUGAAGCCUAAAAAGAAAAAGGCAGCCCGGAAAUCUAUCGUCAAUGUCACAGCCAUUGUUUCGGAACAGGAAGCACUUGCUGCCCUGGAGACUAAUGAAAUUCUUGCCAUGGGUUUGCGCAAGAAGUAUUGCACGGAGGCACUGGACUUCGUCCGUACCCUGGAAGGCGGGAUGGUGUCACUCACGCAACUUUUGGGGAGCACCAACAAGGCAGAAGUUUUGGAGAGUAUGGAGUUUUUCAGAGUCGCAUUUGAGUACCAGCUUGCCAGUGCCGAGAAGGGCAUCAAACGGAUGCUGCAUCUUAUAUGGCACAAGGAUAACAGCUCAACGUCGGAGGACGGGAAGGAGUUGAAGGGAGUGCGGUCGAGGCUCCUCGAAUGUUACCGUAUGCUGUACUUCGACCCCUUACCCGACAUGGAACCCAAGCAGCAAGUGAACCGUAUUGCCAAAAACAUGAUCGAAUUGACAUACGAUGCAACCCUUGCAGAGCUUACUAGCUUAGAAGAGAUGAUGCGUAUCAUGAUGGAAGAUGGUCAGAUCCAUUAUGAUGUAAUCAAUAAGUUGUGGCAAGUUUACAGCGCUCCUCAAGCUUUGCCCCGCUCUCAGCGUCGUGGUGCAAUCAUCAUCCUUGGAAUGUUGGCACUUUCGAAACGCACCAUCAUUUCUGAGAAGGUCGACACAUUGCUGAAGAUCGGUCUUGGAUCAUUCGGCAAGGCCGAUCUCACUCUUGCAAGGUACACGUGUCUUGCCCUGCAGCGCUUGAACGGCAGUGCGAAGAAGGUCAAAGGAUCUCUUCUCGAUAAAUCCCUUCGCAUGGAGAUGGAGAACCCCAUUUUCUGUAGGUUGCAAAACACCAUAGAGCACCCUUGUCGAUCGAAAGACUGGUUCGGCAUGGCCGAACAAGCAAUUAACACUAUUUACGCCCUAGGAGAGCACCCCGACGAGCUUUGUAAUAACCUUGUAAAGAACCUUACGCGGAGGGCAUUUGCCAAGCGGCAAAAUCCGGAGGAGCCUCCAUCCGAGCCAGACACAGAGACGAUGGAGGUGGAUCAAGAGAUGGAACUCCCGGAAGCAGCCUCGCACGCACCCUCUAGUACACAUAUCUCUGCCCAGCAGUCGAGCACGAGCGAGGAGAAAGAUCUUGGAGAUCCAUCAAGCACUAUCGUGUUUUUGGAGCUGGUGGAAAGGGAGUGGAAGCGGCAAAAGGAUGAAAAACAGCUCGCGGAAAAGCUUGCAGCUGGGGGCUCACCCAACAGGGCCAAUAAAGAGACCGAAGAGCUUGACCAAGUUGCUGGCAAUGCAGAGGACGAGAUUGGUGAACGGAUAGCUGCAGUUCGCGAAACCGAGCUGCUCUAUGGAGAGCAGUCGUUGCUGAAGUUGUACGGCCCAUUACUAGUUCACGUAUGCGGUAGUCCACAUAAAUUCAAGAAUCGCACACUCCGUGCCGUUGCAACCCUAUCGUUUAGCAAGUUCCUUUGCAUCAGCUCACAAUUUUGUGAUCACCAUCACCAUCUCCUCUUCAAGAUCCUUGAGACCUCGAAAGAUCCAAAUAUCCGUAGUAACAUUGUCAUUGCUCUUGGCGAUGUAGCAGUCUCGUUCAGCAACAUCGUCGACGAGAACAGCAAUGAACUAUAUAAAGGCCUUUCUGACGGAGAUCUUGUCGUAAAGAAGAACACACUGAUGGUGCUCACACACUUGAUCCUCAACGGGAUGAUCAAAGUGAAAGGUCAGCUAGGCGAGAUGGCCAAGUGUCUAGAGGACGAGGAGCCACGGAUAUCCGACCUUGCGAAGCUGUUUUUCACGGAGCUGUCGACGAAGGACAAUGCCAUCUACAACAAUCUACCUGAUGUCAUCAGUCACCUGUCCACAGGUGACCACGCGGUCGAGGAAGAGAUUUUCAAAAGCACCAUGCGCUACAUAUUUUCUUUCAUCGAGAAGGCUUCCGAAAAUAUUGUUGAGAAGCUGUGCCAGCGUUUCCGACUCUCUGAGGAUCCCCGUCAAUGGCGCGAUAUUGCAUUCUGCUUGUCUCUCCUUCCAUUCAAGUCGGAGCGAUCGGUCAAAAAACUCAUUGAAGGCUUGCAGUUCUACCGCGAUAAGCUGCACGAGGAGGGCGUGUUCGACAGGUUUAGUGAGAUACUUUCAAAGGCACGCUCCAAUAAAUCGGCGAACAAGCCAGACACGGAGCUCAACGAGUUUGAAUCGAUACUUGAUGAACACCGACGUCAAGGCGAAGAGGACCAAGCCCUUGAAAAGCGCGUUGAAGGCAAGAAAGCAGCUGCGAAACGGAAAGCUACACGACGAUCAGCGCGCAAGAAAGCUGAUGAUGACGAAAUGUAUGUGUAA